AUGAACAGCUUCGUGUCAUCUGUGAUGUCCGCCUAUGAUGUCUCACAGCAAAAUGCUCGCGUAGCGCUGAUGGCCGUCGGAAGUGGAGCGAUGGGUUCGAUCCCAGUUGCGAAUUUCAAUACCAUCAGUUCAUACCAAAAUCUGCUCAACUACAUCAACAUGAUGAACAUGUACACGGAUUUCGAUCAAAACGGCCAGGCCAUUGAACAGGCUCUGAACAUUGCUGUCAAUAAUGAUUUUAUGCAUUCUGGAUAUCGAACCGAUCUUAAAAAUCAUGUUAUCGUUUACGUCACAGCUACAACAAAAUUCGACGAUCAACCGCAAGGAAUUGCUGACAAGAUUUCAGCCAAAGCCGGCAGCUACGGCAUCAUUACUGUCGGCUAUGGUCCGCUUGUAACCGAUCAGAAUGCUCUUCAGGGCAUAUCUGGUGGAGCCGCUUGCUCAUUCACUGCAAAUGAUUCUGUUGGACUUCUGAAUCAAGUUAAAGCUGUAACACAGCUUAUCGACAACGCUGACGAGAAUGGUGGAAAGUACUGCGGUUACUAG